AUGACAGGUGCUUUAGUCAAAAAGGCCAUUGCAAAGACGUCAGCACGGACUAAAGCCUCGGAGGGUAGUCCACCAACGAAGAGACAGAAGACAAAAAAAGUCGAAGAUACAGUCGCAACGAUUCAUUCGGAGAGUUCUACGAAAAGGUCACAACAAGAUGUGAACGUGGCGAAAUCUCCGACUGCUCCAAUGUCGCCGGACCUCAACAAGCCUUUUCGCAUUGUUGCCUCCUCCGGGAUUGCCUUGGAGUUCCCCGUUGCAGCCGAUGCUCCAUGUAAACUCUACUAUGGAGAGGAUGCACCAUACCCUCGUUGGAGAACUCUUCUGAACAAGUUGCCUCUCGGCAAAGAUCUUGAGAAAGAUAUGAUCAGGACACACCCUGGCAGGACCCAUAUCCCAGGGGUAGCACCAGGUAGUCAUCCCAGGGUUAAUGACUACGCUGUUGGACUAGGAGCCCUUAAGUGGAGCUUUGAACCAGGUCCACAUACAGGCUGGGCCAGCUUGACAGGCCAGGAACUUUACACGCAUGCCUACAGUCGUCUUUUAGAGGCCUUGGAUUGUCCAUUCUCUCGAGGGCAAUUACGAGAGGCAAUACGCAAAGGAGAAAAUGCACACUAUAUCGCCUAUGUUGAAGACCCGCUGCCAGCCCCGCCACGUUUGGAUAGCGUGGGCACAACGCCUGCACUCGAAGGUACCUUCAACCGAAUCGGGGAUUCUGCAAAUCACCUCAACAAUAAGUACAUCAUGUUCCCUGGCCCCAACAGAUAUGCACGCCCGGAACUCUACUAUCGACCAGGCGUGGCCUCGACCAAGUGGGAAGGGGAUGUGGGCCACCUUUUCUCAACUUUGAAGAGGAAUAGGAAAGGCACAUUUGGUCCUCUGGAUCAACAGGAUAUUUCCUUCGACCCAGUUGCUGUGCCAAAUGUGAAGGCUACAAAAAAGCGGGCUCUCGCUAAGCGGGCAAAAGCAGUCAAGAAGCUGGCUACAAAGGGUGCAAAGAAGCAGGUACUCAAGGUUGCAAGGAAGCAAGCCCACAAGGGCGCGGAGGUCCUGGAUAUCAAUUCGGAACAGACAACAAUUGGCAUUCCGCCAGCCUUGCACAGACAAACUCGGGAACCUUCUGAGGCAGAAAGUGCAGCUGAAGGCGAAGGCAAUAUUACAGAAAUCGAACAACCAUUAUCGGAUAUCGAAAUUGGUGAGUCCAUUCGCUACUGCUCUGGGAAAUUGCACCCUAUGCUCGAUUUUACCUCAGUCACUGACAGGACUCGUCAUCAAGUGGAAUCUGUACACGAAGCACAUGCACAACAUCGUGGCCCCGGUAAAAAGGAAAAACAACCUGUCCCAGUCCCAGUCCAAGCUCAUGCUCCAGGUUCGAGUCAGACAGCAGAUGGUGCCGGAGAUGAAAUUUCCAAGAUACUGUUCCCGCCAUUGGAGUCAGACGAAGCUGCAAACUAUAUCCGUAUGUGCAACGCGAUCCUCGAAGAUCCUGAAGCGCGCCACAAACAUUAUCCGAAGGUUGAAGCUUUUCGUCGGAUACGAUCAUGGGCCGGCGCUGUGAUGCCCGAUGGAGUCGAGAGUUAUGUCAAGGCGAAUGCGUCUAAGGUUCCCACAGCCCAUAGACCAUUUCGUAACACGAAGAGGCCACGGGAGGUCUCUAACGAUAAGUGA